AUGUUCAAGUGGCUUCCAGUGAAGGACACGUCAGAUGAGUUGAGAACAUCAAUGGUGAUCAUAGAGUGGCUUCCAGCAAAGGAUACGUCAGAUGAGUUGAGAACAUCAAUGGUGAUCAUAGAGGCUGUGUCUUUCCUGUUACUGUCAAUGUGGGUGAAAGCAUGGCUCAUUGAAUUAGUGAAACAGGCCUUAAUUACCUCUGUUGGUGAGCUUGGAGGACUUACUUUCCUCGGUGGUUAUGUUGUGUUGCAGAAUAUGAUAAUCUCUGUAGGCCAGUACCCUAGUUUUUAUUAUCAACAUGUGCCAAGGGAGCUGAAAGGAAAUGGUUCUUUAGAUAUGAAUAUGGUUAUUAUAUCACCUCCACCAGUUGGGCUCGUGGCUGAACAAAGUACAUCCAAAAGGAAUUCGGAUGGUACUGCAGAUCUCUUCAGUUUGCUUUAUCACUCAGAUGUGAAGGAGGAUCGUUCUGUCGUACCUCCAAGCCGNCCAAUCAACUUCCUACAAUCAUGUUGA